AACAAAUAUUCAAAAUCACAAAAAUUUUUAUUAGCUGGUCACCUUAAAAACAAAUUAAAGUAUGAGAGACAAUUGAUAACAACAGUUAGUUGGCGAGUUUAUUCCAAGUGAGAACACUUUUUCUGUUCUCUUUCGCAGUGUUUCUCGUAUGCAUACAUUAUUUUGUGUGCUUGCGGGGGUGACGAACGACGAGUAGAAAGAAGUAAGAUUAAUUUUUCAUAGUAGAUCAGCAGAAGUGAGCGGUGCGUGUUUUGUUGUGUAUUUCGUAGAACGAUGGAUGUUAUUUGGAUCAUUUUUUAUACGCUUUUAAUAGCGUUUAUACCGUUCUACUUCGUCUUUUUGAAGCGUAAUGCAUACUGGGCUGACCGCGGUGUUUUACAUGAGAAACCGGUUUUAUUUUACGGUAACAUGCGUAAUGUUGGAAGAACGCAACCACUACGACAGCCGUUCCGUGAGUUAUAUGCGAAAUAUAAAGAUAAAGUACCAUUUUGUGGAUUUUACAUCUCUCUGAGACCAGCCGUGGUUUUAUUCGAUCUGGAACUAAUAAAAAAUGUGCUAAUUAGAGAUUUCUCCAAAUUUGCUAAUCGCGGUAAUUACUAUAACGAGAAAGCUGACCCUUUAUCAGCACAUCUAUUUAACUUAGAUGGACCCAAAUGGCGUGAUAUGCGUGUGAAGCUUACGCCCACCUUUACGACGGGAAAAAUGAAAUUUAUGUUUCCCACUGUCGUUGAUGUCGCUAAUAGAUUUGUAACUGUUUUGGAUGGGAUUGUGAAGUCAGAAACGUCAGAAUUAAGGUCUUGUAACAUUGAAGUAAAGGAGCUGUUGGCGCGUUUUACAACAGAUGUGAUUGGAUGCUGCGCAUUUGGUUUGGAAUGUAACAGUUUACAAGAUCCAAAUAUGGAAUUUCGUUUAAUGAGUAAAAAAGUAUUUAAUAGUAGACGUCACGGUAGAUUUGUCGGUGCACUGAUUAGAUCUUUUCCAAAAAUCGCACGGAUGUGUGGUGCAAAAUUAGUGCACGAGGAUGUGAGUAAAUUUUUUAUGCGCGUAGUACGUGAAAACGUCGAAUACCGUGAAAGUGAAGGUAUACAACGCAAUGAUUUUAUGAAUUUGCUGAUUGAAUUGAAAAACACAAAGGACCAAAAUGCCUUAACGCUGGAAGAGAUCGCUGCACAGGCAUUUGUUUUCUUUAUAGCGGGUUUCGAGACAAGUUCAAGCACAAUGGGCUUUUGUUUAUAUGAGUUAGCUUUAAAUCCAUCUGUACAAAAUAAAGCAAGAGAUGAAAUUGAAGAAAUGUUUAAACGCCAUGGUGGUCAAUUGACCUAUGACGGCCUAAAGGAAUUAAAAUACUUACAAAAUGUUUUACAUGAAACUAUGCGUAUGUAUUCCAUUGCUUCAAUUAUUAUGCGUCAAACUGUUGAGAAUUAUGCUGUGCCAAAUACAAAUCAUGUCAUAGAAAAGGACAUUAUUGUUAUUAUACCCAUUGAUGCUAUACAUUAUGAUCCAGCAAUAUAUCCGAAUCCAACAAAAUUCGACCCGGGACGUUUUGAACCUGAAGAAGUGGAGAAACGACAUACUAUGUCGUUUCUACCUUUCGGUGAUGGACCACGCAACUGCAUAGGUAUGCGAUUUGGUGAAAUGCAGGCAAUGAUCGGUUUAGUAAUGCUACUAAAAAAUUUUCAAUUUUCACCCUGUGAACAUACUAAAAUACCCAUCGAAAUAAGUACAAAAAGUGUUGUGUUGAGUUCCCAACAUGGCAUUUCGCUGGAAGUUAAAAAAUUAUUAGAAAAUUGAAACUUGAUCAAUUUUAUUAUAAAAAAAUGUAUUACUCAUAUUUAGUAAAUUUGUAUUAUUACGCUUAAAUUAUUGUGUCUACUGAAGUUUGUUAUCAAAUAAUCAAACAUUAAUUACUUAAAAAAAUAGAUAAUGUCUUUUUUCCACAUUAUGUACUAUAGAAAUGCUUUGGACUCUAAUAUCCAAUGAAUUUGCCAUUUUGAAGAGCGAGUAGAGCUAGUUUAAUUGAAGUCACACGUAUGUAAACUUUUAUGAUUCAUAAAUACACACAAUUGUUUGAAUAAAUAUUUAUAUGUAAAAGU